AUGCCACACCCCAUACGGGAUCGUUUCCGUGAACAAUUUGAAACUGCUUUGCCCGGCACUGGGAGCAUUGAGUCUGUGACAGCCCAGCUGGAGGACAUCUUCCGUCGCAUCGCUGCCCUCCUGAGCGAGGGUGGCGAGGAGGCAUUGACGGCCUACGAGGUCAUCACCAGUGGCCUCGUCAACGCCCUCCUCCUCUGUCUCGCUUCCACCAGAAUUCUGUCUUGGGCCUCUGCGCCGAAAAAAAGCGGGCUUUCUGCCAUGCCUGCAGUCGAUGCCCAACCGAUCCUGCCUGUGUGCAUAAUCAUGCAAAUGCGUGCACUUUAA